AUGUGCAACCCUGAACUGAUGAGUCAACGAUUCCUCCCGAUAAGGACGUUCAUCGCCGAAUCUGCUGAGCCAUUCCUUGUAUUGUGUUAUGUACUGGUUACAUUCCUCAGGGAAACACAACCAACCUACACCCAGAAACACAAUCAACCUACACCCAGAAACACAAUCAACCUACAUCCAAUAACACAACCAACCCACACCAGAAACACAAUCAACCUACACCCAGAAACACAACCAACCCACACCAGAAACACAAACAACCUACACCCAGAAACACAACCAACAAUCACCAAAAAUACAACCAACGUACAUCCAGUAACACAACAAACCCACACCCAGAAAAACAACCAGCCUACAACAGAAACACAACCAACCUACACCCAAAAACAUAAACAACCUACAUCCAAACACAACCAAUCUACACCCAGAAACACAAACAACCUACACCAAUACACAAACAACCUACAUCCUGUAAUACAACCCACCUACUCCCAGAAACACAUCCAACCUACACCCAGAAACACAACCAACCUACAACCAGAAACACAAUCAACCUUCACCCAUAAACACAUCCAACCAAUACCUAGAUUCCUGACCAAACUACACCCAGAAACACAACCAACCUACACCCAGAAACACAACCAGCCUAUACCCAGAAACACAAUCAACCUACACCCAGAAACACAACCAACCUACACCACAAACACAACCAUCGUACACCAGAACACAACCAACCUACACCCAGAAACUCAAACAACCAACACCAAUACACAACCAACCUACACCCAGAAACACAACCCACCUACUCCCAGAAACACAUCCAACCUACACCUAGAAACACAACUAACCUACACCCAGAAACACAACCAACGUACACCCAGAAACAAAACCAACCUACACCCAGAAACACAACCAACCUACACCCAGAAACACAACCAUUCUACACCCAGAAACACAAACAACCUACACCCAGAAACACAACCAACCUACACCAGAAACACAACCAUUGUACACCCAGAAACACAACCGACCUACACCCAGAAACACAACCAACCUACACCCAGAAACACAACCGACCUACACAAAGAAACACAACCAACAUACACCCAGAAACGCAACCAACUUACACCCAGAAACACAUCCAACCUACACCUUGAAACACAAUCAACCUACACCACAAACACAACCAGCAUACACCCAGACACACAACCAGCCUACACCCAGAAACACAAACAACCUACACCCAGAAACACAACCAACCUACGCCCUGAAUAA